CACAUGGUCGUUUGACAUAGUUAGAAAUUUAGUUGAAGUCAUCGAUUCAGUUGUACUUUCUGUAGUCUGGUUUUAAAAAAAUCAUGGCAUUUGGUUGUUUACUCGUACUAGCCCUAUUCUCAUGCGUAUUAGCAGAGGAGACAAAAAUCUAUUUUGUAGAGAAAUUUGAAGACCAAAGUUAUCAGGACAGAUGGGUGGAAUCCACUUUCAAAGGAAGUGACGCUGGAAAAUUUACUUGGACUGCUGGAAAAUUCUACGGUGAUGCAGAUUUAGACAAAGGUAUUCAAACCAGCCAAGAUGCUAAAUUUUACGGUAUUUCGGCCAAGUUUGAGGAAAGUUUUUCAAACGAAGACAAGACCUUUGUGAUCCAGUUUCAAGUGAAACAUGAACAGAACAUCGACUGUGGUGGUGGUUACGUAAAGGUUUAUGACAGCAAAGUGGACCAGAAGAACAUUCAUGGCGAUACUCCAUACCACAUUAUGUUCGGACCUGAUAUCUGUGGACCUGGCACCAAAAAAGUACACGUGAUUUUUAACUACAAAGGGAAAAACUUGCUGACUAAGAAAGACAUCAGAUGCAAGGAUGAUGAGUUCACCCAUCUCUACACACUGAUUGUGAAGUCUGAUAACACCUAUGAGGUUCGUAUUGAUGGAGAGAAGGUUGAAAGUGGUGAGCUUGAAGCUGACUGGGAUUUCCUGCCACCAAAGAAGAUAAAAGAUCCUGAGGCCAAGAAACCAGAGGACUGGGAUGAUAAAAAGAAGAUUGAUGACCCAGAGGAUAAGAAACCUGAGGAUUGGGACAAGCCUCAGCACAUCCCUGACCCUGAUGCCAAGAAGCCUGAUGACUGGGAUGAUGAGAUUGAUGGUGAAUGGGAACCUCCAAUGAUCGACAACCCAGACUACAAGGGAGAAUGGAAACCCAAACAGAUUGACAAUCCUAACUACAAGGGAGAGUGGAUCCACCCAGAAAUUGACAACCCUGAAUACCAACCUGAUGACAAACUUUACAAGUAUGAUGACAUUGGUGCCAUUGGAUUUGAUCUGUGGCAGGUUAAAUCUGGAACCAUUUUUGACAAUAUCCUUGUAACAGAUUCUGUGGAGUAUGCAGAACAAUUUGCAAAGGAAACUUUUGAGAAAACCAAGGAAGGUGAAAAGAAAAUGAAGGAUGAGCAGGAUGAAAAGGAACGCAAAGAAAGAGAGGAAGAAGAAAAGAAGAGGAAAGAAGAGGAGGACAAGAAGAAAGCAGAGGAAGAAGAUGAAGAGGAUGAGGAAGAGGAAGAGGAAGAAGAAGGCAAAGAAUCUGAGGAGGUAAAAGAAGAUGAAACAGAGGAGGGAAAGGAAGAAACAGAAAGUGAAGAGAGUGCAACAGAAGAUGAAGAAGAAGAAACAAAAGCCAAGGAUGAACUUUAAUUGAAUCUGAUGCAUCUAGGCAUUUUUAUUGACUGAAAAGAUCUUCACAAAGCACACCUAAUUAAAUGGUGUGUGACUGAGAUUUAGGUGGUGUAUCAAAUUGCUUCAUGUGAAGAAGCCUGCAGAAAAAAAAAUAGGCCUCUUCAUCAUCUAGGUAUACAUUUAUCAUUUCUUUUUAGAGGAAAAUGUGGAAAUACUGAAUUGUUAUCUGGUAAUCUUCUCUUGCUCUUUGCUGGGUUAAAUUUGUUAUAAUCUUUUUCUAGCAUGGAAAGGCCUAUCUCCUGUGGUUACUCUUGCUGUAGUUACCAGAACUAAUUUAAUUUCUUGUUUAUUAAAAAAAAAAUGAUGAGAAACAACUGUGUCACAGUUUGCUUCCUCCC